AUGACGGGAUGGGGUGCGCGCGCACCUGGGGCGCCUCCUCACCACCGCCGACACCGCCGCCGCCGCCGUCGCGAUGCCGCCACUCAGUCAGUGAGAGCGCGGCGACUGUGCGGAGUGUCGUGUGUCGCUUGCCGUCAGCCUUGCCGCCACCGCCGCCGCUGCCGCCCGCCCGUCAAGCUGUCAGGACGCACGAGCACCACCGCGGGCGCCGGGAGCCACCGCAAGCAACGCUCCAGGUCAUCCUCCAGAUAUGUCGACAAACCGAAGAAGAAGAAACAAACGGCGAGCGUUUCCCUCGUCAGCAUCCCCAACACUAUCAAGCUCUCCAUGCUCAACAGUGGACUCAUUUCUUUCGUAUAGAGAAGGGACAAAUGUUGAGUCGGCACUGCUUUGAAGAACUCAACUAAUAAAUGUGACACGUCAGACAUGGUGGUGACAACUCGCACUACUAAUCGAUCAACAGCUCCUGACAGGCUCGCUUUCACCACUGGAUCUCACGUUUGCACCUAAUUUUAGUUAAUUAAAGCAAAUUAAAAAAUAAUUAAUAUAUAUUUUAUAUAUAUUUCCAUGUUUGUAUUUAUAUAUGCAUUUGUCUUCAUUUCUUUUAAACUCUAACGUUUUCUCCAGGUGAAAAAGAA